AUGCGUGAGGGAAACCCCAGCAUCGUCACGUUUUUCGCCGUGAUUGACUAUUGCCCCGGGAUUACAGGCGCCCAGUGUCUAGGCGGUUUUGACGUGUCCGAAUUCCUUUUUCCCAACAUCACCGAGUCCAUCAUAGAAGUGUCGUACACCGAAAUCUCAUGGAAGUCAUUGGGCAGCGCUGUUGGGCAUUUUGACAUUGCAUCAGAUUCUCGAACCAGAUGCCUGAGCUGGCCCUGCCAAGACGAAUUUGCUCCAUCGUCGUUCUCGCAGAUGGCAAUCUUCGGGCUCGUUUAUUCUGUCCAGUCACCGCCAAGAAAGCGCCUCUGCGCAUACCAUCCAUCUUUGCCAUGCAUUGAUCAAACGCACGCACACAUCGGUUCGCUUUCCAUUACAGAGAAGAGACGAUUCCUUGACCAGGACCCCGAUUCCCCGUCUCUCCCGCGAGGUCUCUCAACCUUUUGCUCCUUGUCUCUGUUCUCGCUGCUCACCGGACGUCGCGGCUCGACAUCCAUCCAUGUCCGUCACGCCCGACAGAAGGUCCCCGUCAAUCUUAAGUUCUCAAUCCCCGAUGCAUUAACCGUCUGGUAUACAAUGCGUUACGAUGCCACACUACGAGGACGAGCAGACUUUUUCAGGCUCGCUCGCCACGCUGCCCUCUUGCUACGGUCAGGUACCCAAACGACAAGCUCGCAAAGUCAGGCGCCCCAUCCAUCAACUGUAGAUAGAAGCUUCGAAAAAGACAAGAUGAGACACGUCCUGAGAAAAGUGCGAGAACGGUUUGGAUUUAUUGGGUUGAAGUUCAGAAAAAGGGACGAUGGAUUUGCCUUGCUUGUUUUAGGCCUCCUCCUCCUUCUCCCUCAUUUCUGA